AUGGCAGACUCGCUAAAUUUUGCUGCUCCUGCGAGGACGCGAGUUCUAGUGGUACCGUUGAACCGAGGGAACCCUGACUUCCACCAAUACUAUGACAAAAUACGAAGUGCCAACGAUAUACGCUUGUUAGACGUGGCUCCGCUACCUGAAGCCCGAAAUUUCAAUCCUCAAGCUUUUCCUCAGGGCAGGAUUCUUUACGAUUUCUGUGCGAGCCCGCCAGACGAAGAUGUCCUGUUCCUCCAUGACUUUGAACCAUUCAGGAAAACCUUCAUUGUCUUGGGUGUGGGUAGUUAUGAGGACUUCGAAGAGAACGCUGUCGAAAAGCUCUCAGAAGUACAGCCUACAGCUAUCGUUCACAAUUGCAUUUAUUUUAACUCGCCUGCGGACAAGAUUGAGUCCGAGAAGCACGCAUCACUGGCCCCCCAGGAUGUCUUUUUUGUGCCAUCUUUGGAAGAUCAAAACAUCACCACUUUAGAAACAACCAUGUGUUACGUGACCGAACAAUAUCUCAAAGCGCUAGCAUCAUACGUGUCUUCCUACGAAAAGAUCACUCUUCGAUCUCCCGUUUCCUUGAGAGAUGGCACAGCAUUGCACAAAACUAUCACCUACGCUCAAAAGAAAGUUACCUCGGGAUCUUCAUUUAAAGUCUCGUUCUCGAAAAAUCAAACGCUUCUGUCAACGCCAGAUCUGAAGGUCAAAGCUUCUCAAAGACAAACAGGUAGACAAGCUAAACUCAUGGGUAAUUUUUUGCUCCUUGCAGGUCAGGCAAACGACGCAUUGCAGUAUUUCACCGAUGCUGCCAUCAAUUUAAAGAAGUCUGACGAUAACCUUUGGUUGGGCAGCGCUCUUGAGGGUCUUGCGGUCUCUUCAUUGAUGCUUUCAUAUUUGGGGAUACCGCAUCAGGCUCUGAACCCUAUGCUUGCAUCGGUAUUACACAUUCACAAGAAUAAGCUCAGCUCUAUCACUUCGGCACAAAAGCGUUUGUCAACUGAUUCAUUGGGCAGUAAGCAUUCAAAUGGUGUUCUGUCACCCAGAAACUCUACAAGCAAAUCAAGGAGUUCAACAAGCAGAUCUAGAAGUACAAGCUUGACGUCGACAUCGGGCCAGGUGGAGCUUAGUGGCUCGUCAAUAACAGAGUUCCUAAGGAUUUUGUGCAACAAGACAGCCAUGUUCUACAGCCUCAGUGACUCAGAUUUCGAGAACGGCGUCCCUGAUUUGGUGUACAUUGAAUUCCUUCUUCGAAGCAUUAAGUUAUUCAUCAACAUCUAUCAGGCUGGUGCAGGCUCAGAGCUGCAGGUCCUCGAGGCUACGGUAAAGGCCUCUCCACUUGACAGUGUAAGUCACAGAGACCCAGUCUUGCGGAGUGAAAUUCUUGCACUCAUUGAUCAAAUAUUCAGCAUGCAACUUAUUGACUUGGAAUUUUUCAAGCAAUGCCGUGUGUACUAUACUUUGGCGAUCAUCUACUCAGACUUGGGACUUCGUCGGAAACGUGCAUUCAUACUUCGCAUAUUACUAGUCGCUCUUUUACCGAAACUAAACCACAACGCUCAUUUACCGGAUUUCAUAACAGCAGAGAGGCUCACAGAGAUUUUCGAAUUCCUUUUUGAGAUGUACAGCAUUGGCAGGCAGACUGAAGCCAAAGAAAUUGAGGCAGCAGAACAUUAUUCUGAUUGGAUCACGCUCCAGCUACUGCUCCUUAAGAUAUGCCUUCGCAUCACAGAAUCACUUAAGGACUAUGAAAUGUUAGCUAAGAUAUGCGUCUUGAUACUAUCAAGGUAUACUCAUUGCUUACCUAACGAGGAUCAGAUAAAGUUGAAAAGGAAGAUGGAUUGGCUUGCUCUUUUAUCCAAGGAAAGUCAUAACUCCAUUCUGAUUGCCCAUCCAGACCCUUUCAUGGUUAGAAAUGCCAAAUUUGUUCUCCAGCUGCAAGCUGAUGAGCUUGUUCCAUUUCAGACACCUCCUUCAACAACCCCCACAAGUGGUAAUGAUCCACUUAUUUUCAAUCCUUUUAGUAAAGUACCAAAGGAUUUGCCUUCCAAAGACAAACUCGUAUGCGUGAAUGAUAUACACCAGGUUGUCAUUCUCCUCCAAAAUCCAUUUGCUUUUGAUUUGAACGUGUCUGACAUUUGCAUCGUCGCUGAUGACCCAAGUGCUGUCGAGACAAUAAGACCGCUGAUGAGAGUCGUUGGUGUUUCUGGCUUUAACAAGCAAGAUCUCAGCAAGCUCAAUGGGAUGCAGUUUCAUCCUAGCAAGCUUUACGACUCUGAACAGCGGGCUCUGGAAACCACCAACAAUGUUGUUGUUCCCCCAUCUUCCUUAUGUCAUGUUGUCGUCGCAUUCAAAAUCACUCAACCUGGUGUUUUCAAAAUUUCAGAAUUUGACGUCACUUUUGGUACAUCAGAGCCGCAACGAUUUAGCAUAAUUGAUCUGGAAAAAUCGAACGCAAAUCUAAGGCUCCUGGCUAUCAAUCCCACCAAAGAAGAUCUGAGCAAUGUGCUUGACAAAUGUGCUGACAACCUUCAGCACAAAAAUGUUGCUGGACGAGCAACAUCGAAAAGUCUCACACUAACUGUGAUACCUUCACAAGCAUCACUUUCCCUCGUGGCCAAUCUGAUUUCUAACGGAUGGUUAAUGCUUCUCGAGGGCGAAAAAAAAGAAUUUUCAAUCAAAUUGAAGAAUACUUCCAAUAUUGCUAUCAAUUACUUGUCCUUCUCCUUUUGGGAUUCAACAAACGACUCUAUCAAUUCGAGAUUGAAUCACGCAGGUGUGAAUCAACUCUCAGCCGAGGAAGUCCAUGAGCUUGAAUGGCAGCUUUUGGAAAACAAGCCCUUCACAGUUGUGAACAAACAAGAAAUAUCAUCCAAGUAUAAAAUCAUACAACCGCUGUCUAUUGUUGAGUUUCAGUACCAAAUUAACGGCAAAAGGGGUAUGGCUGAGCUGAGGUUGAUUCUCGAAUAUUGCAAUAGGUCAUCGGAUGAGAAACGCAAGAACUAUAUAAAGACAAUCAGCGUGCCACUCAACAUCACAGUACAACCUUCAUUGGAGAUUAUUGGAUGUGACGUCAUUCCUUUCUUCUCGACAUCAUUGCAAGGCUUUCAAUUGGGCAACCAUCCUGAAAAAGAAAGCUUUAUCGAGAAGAAUAUCAGCGAUCUAUUGAAGUUCAUCUCAAAAGCUAAGGAAUCCGACGAUGAUGAUAUUUCUCAAUAUUGCCUUUUGGUGCUUGACGUUCGCAACUUAUGGAAAGAGAAGCUAGCUCUCAUGAUAACAAAUAAAGUACAAAGUGAUAUGGCAUUUGUUGUGAACGAGAAGAUUGAGUCCACAAAGACAAGUAGACUCUUGCUUCCUAUUCGGAGGAUCUGCCUCGAGGACGUUGAUGUCAGCCGCCCUAUACCCUCAUUACGAAAGAAACAAUAUGUCAAGAACUAUUCCAUCACUGCCGAGGAGGACGAGCAAAACCGAAAGAACUUUUGGAUCAGAUCAUUCUUGCUAGAAUGCCUCGAGGGCUCUUGGCACACUGUUACGAGGACAUCUUCAAGAUCAGGUACAAUUGAUCUCAGAAACAUCCGCUUGGAUUCCAGGAUGGCAAAUGCAUUGGUGUACGACAAUAUUCUGAUUCAACACAGCAUAUGGAGUGUCGAAGGAACCCCAGGAGUUAUUGACAAGAAAGAGAAUGAGUACAGUUUGGAAAAGGAACGUUUCUACACCCUAAAGACCAAGAUAGUUAAUCAUACCAAAACGGCACUUUCGGGGGUUUUACGUCAUGUCCCUUUCCCAACAUCUGAAUCCAACAGACCAGACAUAUCGAUUGAUCAAAGAAUCCUUUUCAAUGGCGUACUUCAAAAGACUGUUGGCCCUAAACAGAUUGCUCCAAGCGGGCAUGUUGAGUUGGAACUAGGAUUCAUGGUACUUGAAAAGGGCAAAUAUGAAUGGGGUUGUGUGUUCGAUGACUUUUACGGUUCAGGCAAAAAGACUGUUGGAAGAGAACCUGUUUACAUCACUGUGGUUUAA